AUGCGUUGGACUUCGCCCCGCGUGUUGGUAAAAUGCAAGUCAGGCUACGACGAAUCGGGCCGCCUGCCGCAGUAUUCCGUGCAUGGAGAUGCUGGUGAGCGGUUCGGGUCGGGUACAAAAGACGAAACCUUCAGAGGGCUACCCAGGAGCUCGCAUCCAGCCUCGUCAAUAUACGAGGAUGCGCCAAGGGGGUUAAAGUCGCCGCCGGGAGUACCCCAGCUUUUGCCUGUGCCACAUGCGCACGAGUCAAUCAUUGGUACCGCGCGACAGAAUCUGGGGCGUAGUCCGGCCAUGCGAAUCACUCGGGCGUGGCUAUAA